AUGCACAUUGCGACAAUUGGAGCGUGGAUCCUCGCCACAGGGCUGGUAUCAGCCAAGACUUGCUACAAUGCGACCGUGCCAGUGCCUGUUUCCGCGAGAAAUGGAGUAUUCGACAACCUGAGCACGCCCAAGAACAACAUGGAGGCAACCAUGUUCUCUAUCGCUGCCACCCGGCAAGGAGGGAAUUUUACGGAGGAUGCACUGACGGGCUACGCGACUGUUUCUGGGCACUACAACAUUUCAGCUCAGUAUUGCAUGCCCAACAGCUCUGCUUCUAGCAAUAGCAGCCAACCUGUGCUUCAGAUCUUGACCCAUGGAAUUGGAUUUGAUAAGACCUACUGGGAUCUACCCUACAACAACUUCAACUACUCCUACGUCGACUAUGCGCUGUCGCGUGGCUACCACACCCUUUCAUACGACCGACUAGGCCUAGGCAACUCUUCGCACGGCGACCCAAAGAGCGAGAUCCAAGCCUUCCUCGAAGUCGAGGUUCUAGCCCAGAUCACCCGCAGUCUGCGCAACGCUAGCCUGUCUGGAAUCCGCACUAGGCCGAGCAAGAUCGUUCACGUCGGACAUUCCUUCGGAUCCUAUCUGACAUUUGCUCUGAGUGCUACGUACCCCGACCUCUCGGACGGCCUCGUUCUCACUGGAUUCUCGACCAAUUCCAGCUUUACGCCUCAGUUCGUGGCUGGCUCCAACUUCCAGCAAGCACGCCUGGACCCGUCGAUCCGGAGCCGUCCGGGAUUAAAUUACAGUCUGGGAUAUUUGGUCACCUCCAACAUGGGCAAUGUUGAAUACACUUUGUUCGACCCGCCACACUAUGAUCCUAAGAUUCUGGCCUUUGCAGAAAAGAUCAAGCAGCCCGUGACCGUGGGCGAGCUGUUGACUAUUGCUGGACUGCCCCAGGAGAGUAAGUUUUCUGGCCCGGUUCUGGUGAUGGCCGGCUCCAAUGACAUGGCUUCCUGCGGAGGUAAUUGCACUGCGACCGGAGGAGCAAGUGAAUCGAUCCCAGCAGCCGCGAAGGAGGCAUUUCCCGAUGCCAAGACGUUUUCUGCCUAUAUACAGCCUAACACUGGACAUGGCCUGAACAUGCAUUACAAUGCCACUGGUGGUUAUAAGCAGAUUGCCGACUUUUUGGGUAACCAGGGGUUGAGCAAAAACAUGAAGCGACUCAGAUAA